AUGGAUAAGUCGAUUUAUAAGAAAUUAUUUAUAAUCGCUAUUAUUGGAAGUUGUAGUGUUCUCGUAUAUCUUCGUUUUUUUCCAAUUAAACAAAUUAUUCUAAAUAAACACAUUUCUCUCAAAAACUCUCGAUUUCCUGCCAUUGCUGGUUUUUAUCAUUUCUCAACUGUCGGUCGUAAUUGGAAAAAUAUCGUCAAUGAACAAAUGACAAUCAUUUUUCGUAGUGGAUUAUUUAAUUCAAGUUCAAAUACUUAUGUUACCGGCUUAGGUAAAUUUGAUGAUAAUAAAACUGCGUACGAUAUAUUUUCUAAUUCAAAGUUUAUUUAUGAACAUGAUAAUAGAACAAAACUAUACGAAUAUCCAACAUUAAUGAAACUAGAGAAAUUCUGUUUUCAUAACAAUAAAUCGUUAGUAUGGUAUGCACACUCUAAAGGUGCUUCACAUGCCGAAGAUUUUGUUGUGUCCUGGAGAGGUGUAUUAAAUUAUUUUGUUUUGGAUAACUGGCAACUAUGCUAUAAUCUCUUACUGUCCACAAAUUAUACUACUUGUGGAGCUAUACUAGCCUUGGAUCGAGUUCGUAAAGCUGGUUGGAAUACUUAUUAUGCUGGUAACAUGUGGUGGGCUAAAUGCUCACAUGUUAAUCGACUUACAAGACUUGAAACGUUCGACCAGAAAGAUCGUUACCAAGCGGAAUUGUACGUCACAUCUGAACCUGCUGUUGGGCAUUUUAAUUGUCAUUUUAUCAAUCUAAAUAUCGUAAUUAAUUUUAAUAAGCAAACUGCUAAUUGUACAAUCAAUCAACCAAUGUUUUGGGCACGAUGGUGA